CAAAUUCUAUUAUCUAUGGACGAUUUUGAUUGGGUUAACGAUACUGAUAUCCGGGGACUCGCGGUAGUGCGGUUGUGGGAAAGUGUUCGAGAGUUCAAGAUCAUGGCGAACGCCAACGACAAACAGUGGCAGAAAGAUGCGGCAGAUCAGAAUUUCGAUUAUAUGUUCAAGCUUUUGAUCAUUGGAAAUUCUGCUGUAGGAAAGACGUCGUUUCUCUUUCGCUAUGCCGACGAUUCAUUCACCUCGGCGUUCGUUUCCACCGUGGGAAUCGAUUUCAAAGUGAAGACGGUUUUUCGGAACGAGAAACGGGUCAAGCUGCAAAUAUGGGACACGGCCGGGCAGGAGAGAUAUCGGACUAUAACAACCGCUUACUACAGAGGAGCGAUGGGAUUUAUUCUUAUGUAUGACAUUACGAACGAAGAGUCAUUUCAGGCUGUGCAAGAUUGGUGAGGAUUUUUAUAAUGUAUUUAUCGACGGUGAUCUUAUUUAAACUGUCAUGUCUCCUCUUGCAGCGAUGUGUUUCCUCAACAGCAACGACGAAAAAUCCCAAUUUGUGGACCUGACUUUCGAAGUACAUUUCAUGUUUCGAUUUCGUUUGUCGAUUCAUUUCAUUAAGCUCUUGUUUUUUCUUCGCAAGUUCCGCUCAAAUCAAACAACAGAGAGGUCGUCGUGAGGUAUGAAAGGAGCAACUUCAGAAUACCCGGCCACUUUACUUACAUCUUUAUAAACGAGUGCACUUAAUAUCGAUAUAAUAAAACCAGUGAUGUUAUGCCGGUGUCAUCGAAGAACAUUUCGUUUUCAAAUAAAUCAUUUGCAAGACGAAUACAACACAAGCAGAGCAACGAAAGCGUCGGCAGAACAUCAGAAAUAUUGGAAUUAUUCGAAGAAUGUUAUUUUGAAAAGCUCCGUAUAAUGUAAGCCUCAUUUCUCAUUUCCGUAACUUUUGCGAUGUGGGAAGUCAGGGAAACUACAUACUAGGGAAAAACUAGAGUAAACAUUCGUUGUGUUGGGUAUGGUACAUUUUUGAAAAUUCUGUUCAAUAUUAUGCAUGUCAUCGAAAUGUACAUUGUGUGCCUAUUAUCUUAUUAUAAUUUGACUCGAAUUUUCACGCGUAGCUGACUAGUUAGCAUUUGUCUCGUCGAGACUUCCUUAUUUAAUGUUACACAUCUUUUCUUGCAAAAAUAUGUAUAUUUUGGCCGCAGAAAAGUAAACAAUUACAAAAAAAUAUUUUAUAAACUUCAAGGUUAAUAGAUCAGAGAUCAAUUUAUAUAGGUUUAUAUUUGAUCGGGAAAUUUGAAAAUGGUUUUGUUUUGUAGUGUUUUUUCUCCCUAGUAAAGUUUCCAGGCAUCUGGUAGUAAUUGGAUUUCUUUUAACCUUUAGUUCAUGCUCAGCAGAGAUUAAUAUUCAAAUCAAGUUUUACCCACAUGGAAAUUAAAUUUGAAUUUAAGCUUAACAAUGAUCAAAAUAAUGGUGUAAAUAUAAGCAGACAUUUGUGCAAGUUGCUGUCGCAAUUUAU